UGAAGUUUAUAUUUGAUCUGAAUUAUAUUGCACAUUUUCCAGUUGACACUUACAUACAGACAGAGUAGACCUGUAAAACACGUCUGUUAUUAGGCAAAUUAUUUAGGCCGAUUUCUUUACACAAUGUCUCUAGAUCAUCAAAACUAUUUCACUCUAUUGUCAUUUAAAAUUCUGCACAGGGUCCCACAAAGUUCAGCGUCCUACACUGAAACACUGGAGCUGUUCUACUUAUUAGAUUGUAGUUCUUCAUCUCAUCUCAGUGCUAAUGUUCCGCAUUGACGUGGCUUUAUAAUCGCUCCUACUUCUGUUGACAUUCCUUUACUACUGCACUGGAGGAGCGCUCACUACAGGCACACACACAGAGAAAGAAGAAAAUCCAUCCGACUCUUGAUGUAAGCCGCGCGCGUCAAAUCCGUCGCUACGUGACUUCCUAUAGGCUGGCGGCGCGCGUGAGGCAGCGCGUGUGGAGGGAGACCAUGCGAUUGUGGCAUUUGGCACAGAACGGAGCAAGGAGGAAGUCUUAUCUAUUUUUCUAAAUUUCCAGUAAAUUGCCAAAUGGGACCACAUAUGCCGGAAGUAACGCGCACCUGUUCCCAACAUGCACCCCUGAAGCUCGGACCAUGAAGACCACGCGCAGAUGCAGGACCCUUCUGUCGGUCGGACUCAACUUCUUCGCAUUGUUUUUCUCCAUCACAGCGUUCAUCACGACGUACUGGUGCGUGGGGACGCAGAGGGUCCCCAAACCAAAGUGCAGCAAACUCCGGACGCACCAGUGCAUUGACUACGGAGUGAACGAGACCGACCCCAACAAAGUGGUGUACAGCUGGGAGACCGGGGACGACCGUUUUCUGUUCCGCCAGUUCCACACCGGCAUCUGGUUCUCCUGCGAGGAGAACAUCCACGAUGAAAGUGAGAGAUGCCGAAGCUUCAUUGAUUUGGCCCCUGCCUCAGAAAAAGGGAUGUUGUGGCUCUCCCUGGUCUCAGAGAUGUUGUACAUUGUGUUGCUGGUGGUGGGCUUUAGCCUCAUGUGUCUGGAGCUGGUCCACUCCAACAACAUCAUCGACGGACUCAAACUCAACGCUUUUGCUGCCGUCUUCACUGUGCUCUCAGGUCUUCUGGGCAUGGUGGCUCAUGUGAUGUACACACAAGUAUUCCAGGUGACUGUGAGCCUGGGCCCACCUGAUUGGAGACCCUACAACUGGGACUACGGCUGGUCCUUCUGUAUGGCCUGGGCGUCCUUCACCUGCUGCAUGGGAGCGUCAGUCACUACGCUCAACUCCUACACAAAAACAGUCAUCGAGUUCAGACACAAGCGCAAGACGUUUGAGCAGAGCCUUCGUCAGCAGGACGCCCGCGAGGCAUUUGGCUAUUUCAGAGAACAUUCAGUGCACUCCAUCUCCAAAUCUGUGGAGGUGUACCCAAGUCACAGCAUCAAGAGCGGCAGAAGGACCCCCAUACCUGCUGACUCCCCGGACCUGAGUGACCGGGCGUCUUUAGGGGAGGAACAGUGCUGAACUAUUUU